AUGUCCAGUGUUGCUAAAAAUAGGAAUUGUCUUCACAUUAGGGGUAAGAUCGCGGGGAGUGUUUCGGUGCUGAACAUUUUAAACGUGUAUGCUCCUCAGAGCGUUUUGGCCAAAAAGCUCCUGUGGGACGAGUUGAUUCAGAUGAUCUCGGAAUUUGAUGGUUAUUGGGUUGUCAUUAGCGAUUUUAAUGCUGUUCGGAAUCGCGAAGAAAAGAAGAACUGUGCGUUUAAACAGUCAUAUGCCGAUAACUUUAACAACUUUAUUUUCGAUGUUGGCUUAAAUGAGUACAAUUUGAGAUGCAGGAAAUUCACAUACUCUUCAGCUAAUGGUAGAAAGCAGAGCAAAUUAGGCAGAUUCCUUGUCAACCCAGGUUUUUUUAACUCUUGGCCAGAAGCGAGUGUUGAAGCGGUGUCGACUUUCUUAUCCGAUCAUAGUCCUAUCAUUUUGAAGUCCGUCUCAGUAAAUUUUGGGCCUAGGCCGUUCCGGAUCUUUGAUUCUUGGUUUGAUAUACCAAGGUUUGAAGAAGUGGUAGUUAAGGCUUUAAAGAAGGAUCUCUGGUGUCACAGACCCCCUGAUGUCAACCUUAUGAGAAAGCUGUGUGACCUCAGAGUUGACUUAAAAGAUUGGAGGGACGAUAUGUUGAAAAAAAGUUCGGAGGAGGUGACCUUGGCUUUGACGGAUCUCGAUAAUAUUCAGUCAGUUAUGGAAGAAAGGGAUCUUACUGAAGAAGAGGAGUGGAUUCUGUUGGAAAGUAAGAAAGUGUUAAAAGAGGAAGAAGAGCGGAAAAGUAGUGACUUUUGA